GUUUACUGGAGAAAACGAAACUGACGACUGUGUUAUGCCACUGCUCUCUUUUGAACUGGUUGUUCUUUAUUUGGUUCACUAAAAUGGCAGAAGCUUGUAUUUUAAUAAACGAAGAAGAGUUGUGCUGUUCAAUCUGUUUGGAUUUACUGACAGAUCCAGUGACUUUAGCUUGUGGGCACAGUUUCUGCAUGUCCUGCAUUACUAGAAGCUGGGAUCAGCAGCAAGGUGUCUACAGUUGUCCUCAGUGCAGAGAGACCUUUGAUACAAGGCCUACUCUACGCAAGAACAACAUGCUGGCUGGUUUAGUGGAGAAACUAAGACAACAUGGAGUACAACUCUCUGAUCACUGUUAUGCUAAUUCUGCAGAUGUGGAGUGUGAUAUCUGUACUGGAAAUAAAUGCAAAGCAGUCAAGUCCUGCCUGGUAUGUCUGGCAUCUUACUGUGAAGAUCAUUUUCGACCACACAAGGAAUCUUCUGCCCUGAUGAAGCAUACUGUGAUUGAAGCCUCUGCAAAACUACAUGAGAGAAUCUGCCCACAGCAUGGAAAACUUCUGGAGGUAUUCUGUCGUACAGAUCAGAAAUGCAUUUGCUAUCUAUGCACCUUGGAUGAGCAUUCCAAUCAUAAUAUGGUUUCAACUGCAGCCGAGAGAGCAGAGAAAGAGAAACAGGUCUUAGAGACCCAGAACAACUACACGCAGAGAAUUGUGAAGAGAGAGGAGGACUGUCUAGAGCUGGUGAAAUCUUUAGAGUCAAUCAAGCAUUCUGCUCAAGUAGCAGUAGAGGACACUGAGAGGUUGUUUCAAGAACUUAUUCAGUCCAUUGAGAAAAAAUGCUCUGAGGUGACAAACCAGAUAAGAGCUCAGGAAAAUGCUGAAGUGAAUUGCACCAAAGAACACCUGAAGCAAGUGGAGCAGGAGAUUGUUGAGCUCAAGAGUAAAAAUGAAGAGCUUAAGCAACUCUUACAAAAACAAGAUGACAUCCUUUUCUUCCAGAGUUUCCAGUCUUUCCAUGAUUUUAGUCUACCUGAGGCCAUUCCCAGGGUAAACAUUAAUAUGCCAUACUCAUAUGAGGAUGUAAAGAUAUUUGUCCAUAACCUUAAAGAGAAUAUUGAAAGUAUCAAAUUGUAUCCUGAUUCAGCUUCUCAAGUGAAAUUCAAUGUACCUAGUUUUCAUAAGCCUGCCUCGAAAUCCAAAUUCGAAUCAGGUUCACAAACGUCACUCAUCUUUGACACCCUUGCAGAAACCUCUUCAGAAUCACAAACUACAUCAGUAUAUUCUUCACCACCUUCCAUGCAAGCCCAAUCCAGAAAAAGCGCUAAAAAUUCUACAGAGUUUCGGUGCUUCAUACCACCAAAUACUCAGCCUAAAACUGUAUUUGGUCCGUCCUUAACACUUUCCAUGCUAGCCCAAUCCAGCAAAAGCGCUAAAAAUUCUGCAAAGUUUCAGAGCUUAAGACAACCAAACAUUCAGCCUCAAACUGCAUUUGACUCGUCCUCAACACCUUCCACGCAAGCCCAAUCCAGCAAAAGCACUAAAAAUUCUACAGAGUUUCGGUGCUUCAUUCCACCAAACACUCAGGCUGAAACUGUAUUUGGUCCGUCCUUAACACUUUCCAUGCUAGCCCAAUCCAGCAAAAACGCUAAAAAUUCUGCAAAGUUUCAGAGCUUAAGACAACCAAACAUUCAGCCUCAAAUUGCAUUUGACUCGUCCUUAACAUCUUCCACGCAAGCCCAAUCCAGCAAAAGCGCUAAAAAUUCUACAGAGUUUCAGUGCUUCAUUCCACCAAACACUCAGGCUGAAACUGUAUUUGGUCCGUCCUUAACACUUUCCAUGCUAGCCCAAUCCAGCAAAAGCGCUAAAAAUUCUGCAAAGUUUCAGAGCUUAAGACAACCAAACAUUCAGCCUCAAAUUGCAUUUGACUCGUCCUCAACAUCUUCCACGCAAGCCCAAUCCAGCAAAAGCGCUAAAAAUUCUACAGAGUUUCGGUGCUUCAUUCCACCAAACACUCAGCCUGAAACUGUAUUUGGUCCAUCCUUAACACUUUCCAUGCUAGCCCAAUCCAGCAAAAGCGCUAAAAAUUCUGCAAAGUUUCAGAGCUUAAGACAACCAAACAUUCAGCCUCAAACUGCAUUUGAUCCUAAUGCUUAAUCUCAAUCAGUAUUCUGAUUAACCUCAAGACCUCUCACUCAAUCCCAAUCCGAUUACCCUCAGGACCUGUCACUCAAUCCCAAUCCGAUUACCCUCAGG